AAGCCGCCAAACGUUGAAAGUCAGAGAGCACAGUGUAUUGGGACCCUAUGUGGAUGGACUUUCUAAACUGGCUGUCACAAGCUACAAGGAUAUUGAGUCUUUGAUGUCUGAAGGUAACAAAUCUCGGACAGUUGCUGCAACCAACAUGAAUGAGGAGAGUAGCCGAUCCCAUGCCGUCUUCAAAAUCACCCUCACACACACACUCUAUGACGUGAAGUCUGGGACAUCUGGGGAGAAAGUGGGGAAAUUGAGCUUGGUUGAUUUAGCUGGCAGUGAACGAGCAACAAAAACUGGAGCCGCUGGCGACAGGCUGAAGGAGGGCAGCAACAUUAACAAGUCCCUCACAACCCUCGGUCUGGUUAUCUCAGCCUUAGCAGAUCAGGGUGCUGGCAAAAACAAAAAUAAAUUCGUUCCAUACCGUGACUCAGUUCUCACAUGGCUGCUCAAAGACAGUCUGGGGGGAAACAGCAAGACAGCCAUGGUGGCUACAGUGAGCCCAGCAGCUGAUAACUACGACGAGACCCUUUCCACUCUGCGGUACGCAGAUCGAGCCAAACACAUUGUUAAUCAUGCCGUGGUGAACGAGGAUCCCAAUGCCCGGAUCAUCCGGGAUCUCCGUGAGGAGGUGGAGAAGCUCCGGGAGCAGCUGACCAAGGCAGAGGCAAUGAAAUCUCCAGAGCUAAAAGACCGGCUGGAAGAAUCUGAGAAGCUAAUCCAGGAAAUUUCUGUGACCUGGGAGGAAAAAUUAAGAAAAACAGAAGAGAUCGCACAGGUUCGUGUUUUCUAAUUGAGCCAGAGGUGG